AUGACUAUCAACAAGAGCAGCGGUUUUAAUGCUUGUGAAUUCAAUCCUGAACACGAACUAUUUGCUUGUGGUUCUGUUGAAGGUCAUUUAGAAUGUUAUGAUCCUCGUGUACGAUCACUUGUUGGAAACAUUGAUUGUGCUGUCUAUGCAAAUAGUAAUAGCGGUAACAGUUUUAGUUUACCGGCUGUAUCAUGUAUUAAAUUCAAAGAUGCACUCAAUAUAGCUGUCGGCACUAGUACUGGUCAGAUAUUAAUGUUUGAUAUUCGUUCAAAUAAACCAUACUUUAUAAAAGAUCACAAUUAUAAUCUACCGAUAAAACGUAUUGAUUUUCAUACACUCAAUGAUGAUUAUGUUCUAUCAAUCGAUAAGAAAAUAUGUAAAAUAUGGAAUCGACAUACGGGUAAAAAUCUAACGUCAAUUGAACCAGCAACACCACUCAAUGAUAUGCUCAAUAUACCUGGCAGUGGUCUAAUAUGUCUAACCAAUGAUUCACCGAAAAUAUUUGUUUAUUACAUUCCCACAUUGGGUAAUGCACCUAAAUGGUGUACAUUUCUCGAUAAUAUUACAGAAGAGCUCGAAGAAAAACCAGCAGAUACGGUGUACGAUGAUUAUAAAUUUUUAACGUUGAAAGAACUCGAUACACUUGGUUUAUCUCAUUUAAUUGGUUCCGAUCUUCUUCGAGCCUAUAUGCAUGGUUAUUUCAUGGAUAUUCGACUUUAUAAUCAAGCUAAAAGUGUUGCGGAACCAUUUGCAUUUGCUGAAUAUCGAAAACAAAAAUUACGUGCAAAAAUUGAUCUUAAACGAGAAAAAAGUCGUGUACCAUUACCGAUUGUACCAACGGUUAAUAAAGAACUUGCUGAAAAACUACUGCACGAUGAAGGUGAUUUUAUUGUUAACAAAAAAAAGAAACAAAAAGCUGCUGAUACUAAAGAAAGUCUAACUAUUCUCAAAGACUCACGAUUUCGAUCAUUGUUUACUAAUCCUGAUAUGCAAAUCGAUGCUAAUCAUGUAUCAUUUAAAAAUAUUGCACCACUUGUUUCUCGACUUAGUAGACAAACCACAGCUGAAGAUGAAUCAAUAUCAAAUGAAAACGACGAAGACCAAGAUGAAGAAGAACAAGAAGAUGACGAUGGUAAUGACUUAAUUGACGAUAUGCUCACAUCGGAUGACGAUAAUUAA